UGCCCAUGCAUUGGUUCUGUGGAAAAGGGUGCGCUAAAUCGAAGCUACCAAGAGGGUUUUGGGUAUUGAAGUACUCGCUUAACACCGAUGAGGGACGGAUUUUUUGUAGUAUUCUGACUUCUGUUAGUCACAUCAGUGUGAAUCAUCUUCAAUUAUCCUUAACACGCCAUAACUUUCUCGCAGAGAGACGUGUCUUGCCGAACUUCGUUCGAGCUGUUCGGGUCAGGGUAUUUGUGUGCGCCCUACUAAGAGCUGAUUUUUCAGCUGGCCGCUCCAUUUUUUCCUACUUUGAAGGCGUUGACGAUCGAAGUCGAACAUUUGCUUCAUGAUCUUGCCUGCCUGUGGUUGAUAUGGAGAGUAGCGACGCGAAGAAAGCGGGCACUCGUGUAUUCAAGAAGUCGUCCCCGAACAGCAAGAUCACAACUUAUUUGGGAAAACGAGAUUUUGUAGACCACAUUGAACACAUUGAUCCUGUGGAUGGUGUUGUUCUCAUAGAUCCAGAGUUUGUCAAAGAUGGGAAAAAAGUGUUUGCCCACGUCUUGGCAGCAUUUAAAUAUGGACGUGAAGAUUUGGAUGUUCUUGGACUAACAUUCAGAAAAGACUUAUUUUUGGCCACAACACAAGUUUAUCCGCCAAAAACCGAAGAUCCAGUGCAGCUUACAAGGCUUCAAGAGAGGCUUCUUAAAAAACUCGGGUCUAAUGCCUAUCCAUUCAAAUUUGAGUUGCCCCCAGGGUCUCCUUCAUCUGUAACACUGCAACCAGCUCCAGGAGACACUGGCAAGCCUUGUGGAGUGGACUAUGAACUUAAAACUUACAUCAGUGAAUCUAUGGAAGAAAAACCACACAAAAGAGACACAGUACGACUGGCCAUCAGAAAGAUUACCUAUGCACCAGAGCGACCUUUGCCUCAGCCUCAGGCAGAAACAGAAAAGGAAUUCAUGCUUAGCACCCACAAGCUCCACAUUGAAGCUUCUUUGGACAAAGAGAUGUAUUACCAUGGGGAGGAGAUUGGAGUUAAUGUACAUAUUGCAAAUAGUUCUUCCAGGACAUGCAAGAAAAUUAAAGUUACAAUACGACAGUUUGCUGACAUCUGCUUAUUUUCAACUGCACAAUACAAGUGUCCUGUGGCAUCGUUAGAAUCUGAAGAUGGUUUUCCUGUGGGACAGAGUGGAACCUUAUCAAAAGUCUAUCGCCUCACACCACUGCUAAAUAAUAACAGGGAUAAAAGAGGCUUGGCACUGGAUGGAAAACUAAAACACGAGGAUACUAAUUUAGCCUCCUCAACGGUAAUGGAUGACACCAUUCCUAAGGAAAAUCUUGGAAUCAUAGUAAGAUACAAGGUCAAAGUGCGAGUCAUAGUGGCUUAUGGCGGCGACGUGACACUGGAGUUACCGUUCACUUUAAGUCAUCCCAAACCUCCAGACGAGACACCGCCGUCCACGCCAGCCCCACAAGCACUCACAGAGGAAGCAGCAGCGGGUGCUGCAUCAGGUGACACUCCUGUAGACCACAACUUAAUCGACUUUGACACUGAUGGUCCCGGCAAGAAUGAGGAUGAUGAUCUUAUCUUUGAAGACUUCGCUCGCCUCAGGCUCAAAGGAGCAGAACACCUUGACAGUGCAGACGCCUGACUCGUAUAUUCAACGCGACAAUGAAUAUGGGAGGGGAAAGAGAGAUAGGGAAGGAUUGUCUAGCUAAAGAAACUAUAUCUACUUACUUUUUGAAUUACCUUCUCUCCUAAGAGUUACAAAUGUGAAGAUAUUGUCUUAGUCUUAAAAAUUGUUAGACACCUUAUGAAAAAUAAUGUAGGGUUUUCAGUGCGAAGCGAUCUGUUGAACUUGGAAUGUCUGUGAAAAAGGCAUUCGAGAGGUUUGAGCCUCUCAGUAUUCGUUUCCAGGCCUCUUGGUGCCUUUAUAGACUUGUUUGCAGAUUCAGCUCCAAACGGUUAAUAGAAGAAAGUUCCUGCGCAAAUUAAUGUAUGAAAAGCUACAUUAGCCGAUUUUAGACUUGAUCAAAAACCGCCGUCAGUCAAAACUUUGGCAUUGUUAUUUUUCUCUGUGCAGAAAUUGUUUGAAUCAUUGAACAGCCAAGACUGAUUCAUAUUUCGCAUAUUAGAGUCAAUGAAAGUUACUCCAAAUAUUCCACUCAGAGAAAACCAAGCGUAAAUAAUGUUUAGUCUUUUUUUUUUUUUUAAUUUUUUUUUUUCCAUUUUGAAGAACCAGCAAGAAAAUAUCUGAGCGGAAAAUCAAUUAGCGAAUUUAGGAUAUGAAAGGGAUAAGUAUAGUUUGAAAUAUCGCUAGAUGUGUAUACCUGACUUUCUUGUUUAGACCUAGACUGCUAUCCUCCUUAAAUGUUUAGAUCUCAUACGAAGACUGACUCAAUCCUGUGAGAUGGGAGCUUAGGGCGAGGUCAUCCAAAUUAGAGAAAUUUCACUGUAUUAAUUCGUAAAUUGACGUCAUAGAAGAGACGUGCGUGGGACUGGGGAGGGAUAACAGUAUUCAAAUUGAUCAGAUGUAUAGUAUAUGCUGUAUGUUGUAUGCUUCACUUGUAGCGAUUCACAUCUGUGGCCAAUAAAAUUGCAAAGUUGUAACUCGA